AUGCCGUACUUUCCUCCCAAUACUGGGUGGUCCCUCCCUGACCAAUCAGAUGAGCCAUCUACUGCCUGGUGCGACCGAUACAACCAGCCUUCUGGAACCUCGAACCAAAUGGAGUCCAUGGGUCUUGAUACUCAACAUGGACUCUCCCAGACCGAGAUGUUCAAUUAUCUCCUCCAAUUCUACCACUCCUACGCACCAGCGCCCGUUCUCAGUCCCGCACAGAACCCGGUCCAGGCUUUGGGUUUUAACUCGGCCGACCUGGGUUCCCUACCCCAAGACGAUCACUCGAAUGGCCUGACCGGCGGCUUUAAUGAGCCAUCUCUGCAGAGCCACAUUGCCAACAUGCAUGGCAUCAACCAAACACUCCCUAACAUCAAUCCCCCCGUACAGGACCCAAUCCCAGGUCAGCUGCAGGAACAGGGACCGCCCCCCCCGUAA